UUGGGUUUGUGCCUAUUUACUAUUGUAGAUAUUUUCAAUAAGCAUUAAGUUACAGUUAAAUAAUGGCAUCUUUCCAUAAAAUUAUUGUUAUUGUUGGAUUCAUAUCGCUGUUCCAUUCAGCAUUUUCUGCUGCCCAACAUCGUUCUUAUCUACGAAUUACCGCACAGGAAUUUACAACAUUACCAUUAGAUAUUGUAGUGCAAGCUGUAACCAGUCUAUUUGCAGUGAUGUGGGGAGUCCUCAAUGUGGCUGGGAAUCUUCGAGAGAUCCAGGCAGCUGCUGAACUGAACAACAUCAAGUGGGAGACCCAGCGGAACCUUCCUUCUUUCUACAUCUUCAAUCACCGAGGCAGGGCAUUAGCCUUUGAUUAUGUCCCCAGCGGUGGGAAGGCAGAACUAGAGAAUUUAGAUUCAUAGGUUAAUUUUUUGUAGUGUAAUAAAUGUAUUUAUAAAUGAAUAAUAUAGGUAAUGGAUUGAUAAGGUUAUAAAA